AUGGGUGGUAUAUUGAAGAAUCCACUUCCUGAAGGCCAAUCUUCUGAGAAUGAAGAAUCUGUCUCUGAAUUUAGGAAGCAAGUCUAUAAGAAUACUCAACUAAAUGCGAAACUGACUUCGAAGUCAGAAGCCUCAGGUGCAGCUCCAGCCGGUAUUUCAAAUCUACCAAAGGAUACACUUUCUCUGAAACACCUUCAGGAUGAAGCUUUGAAAUGGAAUCAAAAAAAUCUGGAUGCAAACGAACUGACUAAGCAGCAGUUUCAAGAUAUUAAGAUCGAUGAGCCCAAGACUCCUUAUCAGGGAGCCGUUGAUCCUAGUGGUGAAUACUAUAAACCUGACGAUGAAGAUGAUCUGAAUAAUUUCUCAUUGGGUGAACCGGAAGUGCAUUUGCAAGAUGAGCAAGAAGAAGAAGAUUCCCAGGGAAUGGAUCAACAAAAGUCAUCGCCUUCGUCAUCAUCAAAACCGUUAAGUGAAGAGGAAGCGAAACAUAAGAGGUUUGAAGAAAUGCGUAAGAAGCACUACAAUCUUAAAGAAGUUCUGAAAAACAGACGAUUACAUGAAGAUGAUGUUCAGAACGAGGAUGACGAAUGA